CGCGUCCUUUUGCGCGCAAAGUCGCCAGAUCGGUUGCAGAGCUGCUCGGGGAUCCCCAGCCCAGAUCUCCAGGGUUUUCCCUAUCCGCACGGUCAAGUCUCCCGGUUCCGGAGCGAUGGAGAAAGUGAAGGCGCGGGCGCUGCUGGAGCAGCCUCUGCGACCCGCCAGCUACAACGGCUACGCGCUGGCGGAGAAGCCGCCGCAGGCGCUGCCCGGCCGCUCCUCCGCGGACGCGCCGCGCUGCCCGAAGGCUGCAGCCAGCUCUUUCGAGAGCUGGAGAGAGGAGCGCACCCGCAGCGAGGAAGACAACGAGAUGAACCUGCCCGGCUUGGCCGCCGCCUACAGCACCAUCCUACGCGCCCUGGGCGAGGACCCCGAGCGCCAGGGGCUGCUCAAGACCCCCUGGAGGGCGGCCACCGCCAUGCAAUUCUUCACCAAAGGCUACCAAGAGACCAUCACAGAUGUACUAAACGAUGCCAUAUUUGAUGAAGAUCACGACGAAAUGGUGAUCGUGAAGGACAUAGACAUGUUUUCGAUGUGCGAGCACCACCUGGUUCCAUUUGUGGGAAAGGUGCACAUAGGCUACCUCCCUAACAAACAGGUGCUGGGACUCAGCAAGCUGGCAAGGAUUGUUGAAAUCUACAGCAGAAGAUUACAAGUUCAGGAGCGCCUCACGAAACAGAUUGCCAUCGCCAUCACAGAAGCCUUGCAGCCGGCGGGUGUCGGGGUGGUGGUUGAAGCGACGCACAUGUGCAUGGUGAUGCGAGGGGUUCAGAAAAUGAACAGUAAGACUGUAACCAGCACGAUGCUCGGAGUAUUCCGGGAAGACCCCAAAACCCGGGAAGAGUUUUUGACGCUCAUCCGCAGCUAAAACUGUGCCAUCUUCCUCCGGACUGUCUUGUCUGCUGUUGGUUAUUUUGCUGCUUUGGUCCCUACUCCCUCUCUCUCUCUCUCUCUCUCUCUCUCUUUCCUUAGAGUAACUGUCCAUUUAAAUUCCCUUGUUUUUUCUUAUUAUUGGUUCUGUAAAAGAUUCUUUAUGGUAA